AUGUCCAACGACCCACCCAUAAUCAUCCCGGCCCCCAGCUCCUCGAUUUCUCCCGCAACAAUCAUCUUCCUACACGGCCUCGGUGACGAUGCCAAUGGCUGGACAGAUCUUGUAUCCCAAUUCCACGCCGCUCACAAGCUGCCCCACCUAAAAUGGAUCCUACCCAACGCGCCUCAGAACCGCGAUGUCAUGGCUCAAGCCUGGUUCAUGCCGAAGCCAUUCUCACCUAUCCCAAUGCCUAAGCGUUCUGGAGAACCCGAUCCGGAGGAGGACGACGAGGAGGACGACGAAGAGGGGAUGAUGAAGAGUGUGGAAUAUAUUUGCGGGCUCAUUGAUAAAGAAGUCGAAGCUGGGGUGCCAGCGGAAAGGCUGGUGGUUGGUGGCUUCAGCCAAGGCUGUGCCAUCUCCCUGCUCCUCGGACUCAUGAGCAGAUACAAAGCCAAGCUGGGUGGGGUGGUGGGCUUGUCGGGCUAUCUGCCGUUGAGCGGGAGGGUGGGGAAGAUGAUGGAGGACAGGAAAGAGGAGGGACAGGAUACAUCGCAGACGAAGUGGUUCCUGGGUCAUGGAUCAAGAGAUCAGUUGGUGCCGAAGUGGAUGUUUAUGAGAUAUAAGGACCAGAUUGAGGGUUGGGAAGGGGAGAGGGUUGAGGCGAAGUUGUAUGAGGGCAUGGGACAUAGUACGGUGGGAGCGGAGGUUAGGGAUUUAUGCGGAUGGCUUGAGAGAGCUGUGCCGGAGAAUGAAGCUUGA